CCUCCCUCCUUCUCUCGAUCUCCCGGUGGUGCAUUGUGGGAAAGAGGAGGAUCGCUUUCUCCGCUGCUUCUCGGUUGGCGCUAAUCCUCCAGGCCACAUACAGCAGUGUAGUGCAUGUUGUCGUUGUUGAGUAAACGAAAAACUGGGGAUCCAUUUGAAACCCAAUACUGCCAAGUUGGGGUGAUAUUACUUCAUUAUUUGAAUUCACAUUUGGGGAGGUACCUUUAAAUGAAAGAAUGCCCAAUUUCUGCGCUGCUCCGAACUGCACCAGGAAAAGCACCCAGUCCGAUCUGGCUUUCUUCAGAUUUCCCAGAGAUCCAAUACGCAGAUGUAAACUGUGGGUGGAAAAUUGUCGAAGAGCUGAUUUGGAAGAUAAAACUUCAGAUCAACUAAAUAAGCAUUACAGACUAUGUGCAAAGCAUUUUGAGCCUUCAAUGAUAUGUAAAAGUAGUCCUUAUAGAACUGUUCUGAAGGACAAUGCUGUACCUACUAUUUUCGACCUGACCAGUCAUCUUAAUAAUCCACAUAGUCGACACCGAAAGAGAAUUAAAGAAUUUACUGAAGAAGAGCUAAGAAAGAUGAAAGAAAGAAGGCUUGAAAUUUUAGCUGAACAGGAACAGUUGAACAAGGAACAUGAAAGCAGUCUACAAAAUCAGACUCACGAAUGUGAAGAAAGUGAGGAGGACCUAGUACCAUUAACUCCAGAAGAAAAGGAAAUCAAAGAUUAUCUUAAGUCGUUGUUUGAAAUCUUAGUCAUGAUGGGAAAGCAGAAUAUCCCCUUGGAUGGGCAUGGUGAUGAGGAAGAAGACAGUGAAUCUUUCACUCCCAGUAAUUUUCAAGCUCUCCUUGAGUACCGCAUAAAUGCAGGUGAUGAAAUUUUGAGGAAAAGAUUUGAAAUGACUGCAGUGAAUGUGGAAUACUGCCCUAUUUUGCAGCAAAAACAAAUGAUGGAGAUUUGUGAGAGCUGCAUUCGUGAAGAAGUCCUUAGGGAAGUCAGAGAAUGCCGCUUUUUCUCUCUUGUCACAGAUGAUGUAGUAGAAGUCACAGGGGAAUGCCAUCUUCCUUUGUUUUUGAGGUUUGUAGAUGAGGCAAACAACCUGCGUGAGGAGUUCAUAGGUUUUUUUCCUUGUGAAGCAGAUGAAGACACUUUAGCUGAAAGGCUACAUGCUGAAAUCACAGAAAAAUGGGGACUUAAUAUGGAAUAUUGCAGAGGUCAAGCUCAUGUUUGUUCUGGACACCAUGCAGUCAAAAUAAAAGCCGUUGGCGCCAAGCUCAUGGAGAAAUAUCCAUUGGCAGUAUGUACUCCAUGUUCUUCUUGUUCCCUUAAUAUCUGGUUGGCAAAAGGUUUACCACUUCCCAGUGUUCAGAUUGUGCUAUUGACUUUGAAAAAAAUAGAUACAUUUUUCUCAAAAUCCCCACUUCUUUUGGCAGAAUUGGAGAAUUCAAUUUCUGUUGUUUAUCAAAAUAAUGAAGAUAAAGCAAAUGAACUUCGAGAGCUUUGCCGCACUCAAUGGACAGAAAGGCAUGAUGCUUUUGAUACAGCUGUUGACCUGCUAGAAUCCUUGCUACUGUGUGUGGAUAGUGUAAACGAAAAUGAAAGUUUCAGGUGGAACAAUGAUAUUGCCUUUGAGGCAUACAUGAUUUCUGAGAGUUUGGCAGACUUUGAAUUUGUUGUUACAUUAGUGAUUUUAAAAAAUGCGCUGUCCUUCACUAGAGCCUUUGGGAAAAAUUUGCAAGGACAGACCCUGGAUGUAUUUUUCGCUGCAAGCAGUUUAACAGCAGUCCUGCAUUCCUUGAACGAGAUUAUGGACAACAUCGAAGUUUACCAUGAAUUCUGGUUUGAAGAGGCUACUAUAUUGGCUGCAAGAUUAGAAAUUCCAGUAAAGCUUCCAAGGACGUGCCUCAGAAGAAAUCGAAUGGAAUCAGGCUUCGAGGUAGUGCCUGAAAGUUUCUAUAAAGAAUAUUUAAGCAUUCCAGUAGUAGUGCGUAUCAUUCAAGAGCUGAAAGAUAUUUUCUCUGAUAAUCACUUGAAAGCGCUUAAGUGUCUAUCCUUAGUCCCUUCAGUAAUGGGCCAGCUGAAAUUUAACACUUCAGAGGAAAAUAAUGCAGAUAUGUACAGAAGUGAUCUUCCCAACCCAGACACACUCCCUGCUGAGCUCCAUUGUUGGCGAAUCAAGUGGAAACAUCGAGGAAAGGAUGUGGAGCUUCCAUCAACCAUUUAUGAAACUCUCCACUUAUCAGAAGUAAAGUUCUUUCCCAAUGUUUACUCUUUCCUAAAAGUACUUUGCACUCUGCCAAUUAUAAAAGUUGAAAAUAAUAAAUACGAGAGUGGCCGCAAAAGAUUAAAGGCAUACCUUUCUAAUACUCCUGUAAAUCACAGGUCUAAAAGUUUAGCUCUUCUUAAUAUCAACUAUGAUGUUAAGCAUGAUUUAGAUUUAAUGGUGGACACUUAUACAAAGAUGUACCCAGAGAAAACGGAUCAGCAGUAACGGAUUCAUUGCAGAUUAAUUUGUAAAAAGGAAAUGCCAGUGUUUCACUGUUUACAACUACAUUGUGGGCCAUUUUUUAUAUAAAUUUAUUGUUCUCUGUC